AUGAGCUUCCAAAAUUACGAAAAUUUUCCGAGCCAGCAGGGUGGUCCAGAUCCUGGUGUCGCAGCCGGCGGACCUCCUCCUCAACAGGAGCAGAUACCUGGAAGCGCUGGUGGUCAAUAUGAGAGCUCCGGAAACGGGCAGCCCUCGUCUUCAGGUGGCCAACCACAAGAUGGGGAAGCGAAGACGACACUUUGGAUGGGUGAACUUGAGCCUUGGAUGGAUGAAAACUUUAUUCGCACAGUUUGGUACAACAUGGGUGAGAGUGUAAACGUAAAAAUGAUUCGAGACAAAUUUUCUGGCAACGCCGGCUACUGUUUUGUCGAUUUCGCAACUCCUGCCGCUGCAGCUAAAGGACUGACCUUGAAUGGUUCUGUCAUACCCAACUCUCAGCGCCCUUUCAAACUAAAUUGGGCUUCUGGAGGAGGUCUCGCUGAUCGAAGCAACGACCGCGGACCGGAGCACUCUAUCUUCGUUGGCGACCUAGGUCCGGAAGUGAAUGAAUAUGUACUAGUUUCGCUUUUCCAAAAUCGAUUCCCGUCCUGCAAAUCUGCGAAAAUAAUGACCGACCCCAUCAGCGGUAUGUCCCGUGGCUAUGGGUUUGUGCGAUUUUCCGAUGAAAACGAUCAACAGCGAGCUCUGUCCGAAAUGCAAGGCGUAUAUUGUGGAAACCGUCCCAUGCGCAUCUCAACUGCAACGCCAAAGAACAAGCCUGGCGGUGGAGCACUUGGACCUAUGCAACAAGGUGGAGGCGGCCCUGGAGGACCGCCAGGACCACAGAUGGGCGGGAUGGGCGGAUACCCACAGAUGGGCCAGCCUGCUCUUGGAUUCUAUAAUCAGCCGCAACCUAUGAAUCAGUUUACCGAUCCCAACAACACUACUGUCUUCGUUGGCGGCUUGUCAGGGUAUGUCACAGAAGACGAGCUUCGCUCAUUCUUCCAAGGCUUUGGCGAGAUCACAUAUGUCAAGAUUCCGCCUGGAAAGGGUUGUGGUUUCGUGCAAUUUGUACAACGACAUGCUGCCGAGAUGGCCAUCAACCAGAUGCAGGGCUACCCCAUCGGCAAUUCUCGUGUACGCCUCUCGUGGGGUCGCAGUCAAAACAAUUCCGGACCAGCAGGCACUCCCUAUCGACCCGCACCACCACCUCCGGUGUUCCCUUCCAUGGGCAUGCCACCUCAACACCCCUAUGGUAAUUUCGCGCCCAUGAAGUCGUUGAAUAUCGAAGUCUUCGCUAACGAUGGCACGCAAUCUAGCCCCUACGCAGCCCACACCCAUCCACCUGAGAAUGCCAACAAUGUUCCACAAGGCCCGCCUGGAGCUCUUUCUCCAGACGUUCCAGGUCCUGCUGAUGCGCUUCCGAUCAAUACCACCUUAACUUUGAUAGGCGACAAAAACGGCAAGACUGAUCAAUUGCGUUUCCCAGCAUUCCAUGUGCAAAUGCUUCAGCAAACCUGGAUCGACCCCUCGGAACCUAUGGGAAGGAUCAAGCUGAUAAUUUCAGAAGGGCUGCAGUCGUUCGGGACUUUAGAGUUCAAGAAGAAGAGAAAUGUGGCUAUGUUCUCGUUUCAGCAUGCCCCUUUAGCACUUCUUGAGGAUGUUGGAAUUGCCUGGCCAAAUCCAGGCAUGUGGUAUCAGAGCAUGCCACAUCCCGAGGACUAUAUCUCGCCAACAAAGAUGCAAGUCACGGAUCCUACCAUACAUGCCCAUUCUCCUCGUCGAGACAAUGUGAAAAUUGUUCCCCUACCAACCCUUUCAAGUGCUUCACAGCGAGGGCAACCAAACACUACCGUCGAUGUUUCUAUUAGGAAUGUUGCAGGUACACGACCAAAAGACUCGUUAACUCGCCCUGGGGCACACAUGCCGGAUCCUUUCAUAGACGAGCCGAAGACUUAUGGACCAAAGCUGUUGUCAUUCUCUGAUGGAAUUCGUACUCUUCAGAACGCCCAUGCAAAUUAUGCGGGCUUCAAUGCGAUCAACCGUAAUGCAGCCUCAUCAAGUUCACAUGAUGUGUCGAUGCCAGAUUAUUCGCGAUCACACUCGCCAAAUGAAACGAGCGAGGCUUCUCGCAUACCGUCGCACGCCAGCACUGCCUUGCAUCACCAGAUUCAGACCUCGUAUCCUACAUCUAUUAACAGUCAAGCUGGUAGCCGUUCGCUUUCCGAGUGGGAGCAUGCUCUGGCCGGUCUUGGGCCUGUGCCGGAUUCUGCUUCGCACAAGAUCAGUCAAGUUGCGGAACAAAACACCAUCAUUGAAAAACUGACGGGUAAAGAAAGCCUCUCAAAGGCACCAAUUGGCCGUGAGGUUGCCACUCAGCCACCUGGAGUGGCGACAAAUGAAUCAAGCCCAGAGAGGAUCAUCACAGGAGGAAUUCUAGCGCCUGCUAAUACAAGAGCUGGCAGCGUGGCUGACACUCCACCCGGUGCUAGGCGAUCAUCGGCUUCCAAGCAAGCCAGAGAUGCUUCAUAUAGCGGCAAGCAGCGUGUGACGUCUAUCACAACGAAAGAAGAUCUUGCAUCGUCGAAAUAUUCCAUACCCCGAGAAUCGAAAAAACUUAGUAAAGGCUCACGGAAAUCAGCACAGGGAGUACUAGAACAUACCGAGGAGCUAGCGACCGCAGAAGAGAACGCCCAUCAGAGAAGUUACUCAAGUGAGAUGCCAUCUAACGGCAUUCGAAGCAAGAAAGAGGGUAAAGCUAUGAAUUCUAUGACUAUCGAGAUGGACGCUCCCCCAAAACGUCAACAUAGCCUUUCUCAAACCUUAGCCCUUGGUCACGACAAAGAGAAUCUUACUGUUGAGGACUCAGCCAUUCUGCCGGCUGGGGACUUAAAACGAAGGCGGCUUACUCCGGCAAACGAGCGAGAGAAAGGCUGUUUCUCCAAAAUGGGUAUUAGCAGUGGUAACAGAGCAGCUGGAGUGGAUUCUCUCGAGAGCAGCAAGUCAAGUUCGCCGGUAAAGCACAAUGAUGUGGACUACCUAACAACGGAAGGCGUGAUGACACGGGCUUUUGCUGGAUCCUUCGACAGUAACCUUUGA